UGUACAUGGCCAUUGAUGCUGCUGGAUAGAUGUAGCCCCUGAUGUAAAUAAGAAUGGCGAGGGCAGCGGGUCUAACAUGUCGCGUUUUCUCUGCUUGACAUCGGAACAUUUUACGCCACCAUCGGGAUUUUACAAAGCGCGUGGCCCUGUUUUUCCUCGUUUUCAUGUGAAUCCUGCCUUGACAGCUCGCCUAAUGAUUUUCAUUUGACACAAGAGCCAAAGCAGACGGGCGGCUUCUUCUAAUAAACACUCGGGAAAAACAGGUCAUUAUGACCUUAGUAUCCUCCAGGAAAAGAAAACCAUCGGAUUGCUUUCACGCGGCAUCUUUCUGCGUGCAUCUUUUGCUUUGGAUUUCGUGUGCCGUGUCCGGAGAGGAGGAUCAUCAUCAGUUCAGCGUUGAGGGAUGGCUACAGAGGUAUGGCUACCUUCCCCGCACAGAACCGGGAAUGUCUGUCCUGCGCUCGGCCCAAACCAUGCACUCAGCCAUCGCCGCCAUGCAGCGCAACUAUGGCCUCAAUGUCACCGGGACGCUGGAUGAGAGAACCAAGGAUGAUAUCACGCUGAGUUGGAUGCAAAAGCCUCGAUGUGGAGUUCCAGACAAGUUCAAAAGUGCUUCAAGGACAAGGAAGCGGAGAUACGCGCUGACAGGACAGAAGUGGCAGCGUCCACACAUCACCUACAGCAUUAAAAACGUCACACCAAAGGUGGGUGCCCGGGAGACCCAUGAUGCCAUCCGGCGGGCGUUUGACGUGUGGCAGGGUGUGACUCCCCUCCGCUUUGAGGCCGUUCCAUACAGCGCCCUGGAAACUGGCAGGCGUGACGUGGACAUCACCAUCAUCUUUGCUUCGGGUUUUCAUGGCGACAGCUCGCCUUUUGACGGAGAGGGUGGCUUCCUUGCCCACGCCUAUUUCCCUGGCCCAGGCAUUGGUGGGGACACGCACUUUGACUCAGAUGAGCCCUGGACUCUCGGGAACCCCAACCAUGAUGGUAAUGACCUAUUCUUGGUUGCGGUACACGAAUUGGGCCAUGCCCUCGGUCUGGAACAUUCAAAUGACCCAACCGCUAUCAUGGCUCCUUUCUACCAAUACAUGGACACAGAGAACUUCAAACUACCUCACGAUGACCUUCAGGGCAUCCAGAAGAUCUAUGGUCCACCAGAUAGAGCGCCACAGCCCACGAGGCCCCCACCUACUGUCCCACCACCUCGAUUCCAUCCUCCUUCAGACCCUCGAAAGCAUGACCGCCACGCCAGACCCCAUCGCCCCCCUCAGGGGGCUAAACCCUCCAACCCCAACUCCAAACCCAACAUCUGUGAUGGAGGCUUCAACACUCUGGCCAUCCUACGACAGGAACUCUUUGUAUUUAAGGACCAGUGGUUUUGGAGGGUACGGGACAACUCCGUAGUCCCAGGCUACCCCAUGCAGAUAAACUACUUCUGGAAAGGCUUGCCUCCCAAAAUCGAUGCUGUGUAUGAGAAUAGUGAAGGGAAGUUCGUCUUUUUUAAAGGAAACCGUUUCUGGGUCUUCAAGGACACAACUCUCCAGCCUUCGUACCCUCAGGACAUCUCGCUGUUCGGGAGCGGCAUGCCCACUCAGAGUAUUGAGACAGCUGUGUGGUGGGAGGAUGUCGCCAAAACCUACUUCUUCAAAGGAGACAGAUAUUGGAGGUACAAUGAGGACAUGAGGACCAUGGAUCCAGGCUACCCUAAACCCAUUACCGUCUGGAAGGGUAUCCCUGACUCUCCACAGGGGGCUUUUGUGGACAAAGCCAAUGGUUUUACAUACUUCUACAAGGGGAAGGAGUACUGGAAGUUUAACAACCAGCUGCUUCGUGUGGAACCUGGUUACCCGAGGUCCAUCCUGAGAGACUUCAUGGGCUGUGACGGCCUCCCCGCCGACCCCGACUGGGACUGGAGCCCCCCUGUUGCAGAAGAACGGCACUACGACAACGGUGACGUGGACGUCGUCAUCAAACUGGACAGCGCGGGGGGCACUGAGAAAGCAGUGGCUAUCGCUAUCCCCUGCGUCCUGGCGCUGUGCAUGAUGGUCCUCCUCUACACGGUUUUCCAGUUCAGGAGGAAGAGCACACAGCGCCACAUACUGUACUGCAAGCGCUCCAUGCAGGAGUGGGUGUGAGGGACUGUUCCUGCUCUGUAUAGAGAGGGGUGUGAAGCUCUGAUAAAGGUCUUGUUAUUACUUGAAGCCCUGAGCCCAGUAAUUGGAAGCACUGUUAAAGGGUGCGUAAGGAUUGCCAUGUUGGCAGAUUUUAAAAACUGCUUGACUUUGUAACGUGCAAGCUGCAAGGGAGCGAAACGAUCAGCAGAACUUAAAUGAAGACACAGCGAGGGAGCCACAUCCCCUAUGUCCAACUAAUAUGUAUGUAUCUGCUUCGACUUUUUUCUGUAUCUUGGAAUGAACUCAAUUAAGUGAGACAGAGUUAAGCUACCGUAAGUGGGACCUUUGUCUGUCCUCGUCUCUGCACGCCGCUUAAAAAGCCCCUAGCACUAACUUCAGUGGACAAAUUAGAUAUAGGCUUCUACUUUACUUUCAUUUCUUAAUUAAAUCGCUCUGAGCUGUGCUUUUUUUUAUUAUUUAGGGUCCCUGUAAAAGAUUAUUCAUUGUGUGGAGGACUGAUACACAAACCAAAUAUGACCUUUUUCUUCCAAAGAGGAUUACCGCUCGAUGUUGUUUUUGAUGGGAUCAUUUUCCUCCAUGGAUCGAAACAUUGUGGCAUCAUAACUCCAAUUUUUCUUUUUUUUUUUUUUUCUUCUCUUGCCGUGGGUUUUCACAUGCACCCGUCUGCUCUGUAAUCUGUGGGGAUAGGAAACAGCCGUUAGCAAGCAAGAGCUCAGAACUCAAGACUGUGGUGGCGGUCUAUCUCCAAACAGGGGCCAAAAACCUCUCUGCAAUAUUUAUGAGACUGCCUUAAUCACGGAUUGCUUAAACUCCCUUCUCUUUCUCUCUGAUUCUCUGGUCUGGAUGCUGGAAACUGAGGGACGCUGCUAGAAUUCCAACAGGCAUUAAUUACUGCCCAUAAUGCAAUUUCAAAACCAGUAAUUAAGGACGGUUUGAUCCACAAAGGGUUCAUCACUCUUGAAAAGCUGUGCUAAAUACCUGAUGGCAGGACGGCUUUUGGCUUUGAUUUUCUGCCUCGCCAGAGGGUGUAAAAGAGAGAAAGGGAAGGCUGGUUGUGUGUGUGGAAGAGACAGUUAUUACCCACACUAUAUAUGUACUGUAUCAUACUGUAGUGUCAGCUAUUCAACAGCAAACAUCAUGCUUCCCCAUUUUCCUGCCAUGUUUGGACUCUAAUACUCCAAACAGUGACAGUGAAUAUGUUUUUAUCAUCUGAAUUGAUCCAUGUUUUGCUUUUGCUUUUAACUUUUAUACAAGGUUUGUAAGUUUACAUGAUAUUUCUCAUCAAACUGGAAAGGAGAGGAAAUGGAAAGCGAUCAUAAAAUGAGACAAAUGUAAAAAAAGGAAGUCAUCACUUCAUAUCUAGUUGGUAUCAGCAGCCAUUGCUUUAGCUCCAUCUUCUCAUUAGAAAUUAUUUUUAAGGGAACAUUUUCAAAGAAGAAGACAAUAUAACAGUAAGAAUAAGUACCCGCCAAAAUAAAAGAAACAUUCAGGAUUUAUGAAGAAACAAACCCUGGCUGUGCCAGGUUGUUUUACACUCUGCAUUAUACAAAAAACUUUACUAAUGUUGUAUUAACAAAUUACUAACAAAUGUUUUAAACUAGUCUAACAUGGUUGGCAUUAACAGGCAUAUCUGACAACCCAAAGCAGCUAAAUUUAGUCUAAAUUUAUGAUGUAACCAAUAUUUAUGACAUAAAAAAUGAACUAUAAUGUGUUUAUUGAAGAAGUGCGACAGACAUUUGAGUGAUUUAAGAUGGAGCUAAACAAAGCAGAAGCUUUAUUCGCUCAGCUGUGUAUUGUAUAAAGAAAGCAACACACAGCCUGGGUCCUAGUGAACUUUACCGUCUCGCAUUUGCCUUCGAUUGCUGCCAUACAUGUGACAAUGUGGUUGUGUGGUGUGGCAUUUGCCGGAUGACCAGUCUGUGAGCUUUCAUGAUGUGAUUUCUUUUGUAUUCGUGCUUUAUGAAUUUUUUUUUUUUUUUUACUAGAAACGGUCUUCAACAUUAAGUGUACAGGAUCUCUGCAUAUCUUUCGUUGAUAUCAAGGCAAUGCCAUUUUUAUAUCGUACCACAGACGGAUAUAGAGUUUUAAAAUGUACCUAUGAACUAUCUAAAAGGUGAUAAGAUAUGGUUUGAUCUGUCAUGUAAGGGGUAAUAACUGAAGAUCUACAUAAGGGCAAUGCAUGUUGUUGUUAACUAAGAUGUCAUCCUGUUGACCAUGAAUCAAUUGACACUCUUGUAAUAUUCAGUCUUUAACAUACUGUUUCAAUGAGGCGACAGGUUUCUGUCAGAUACAUAGGCACACCCAAGCUGUCAUGUUUUUUUAAACCAUGUGAAAUGACUUCUCUUUCAGUCCGUUCUCCCCGUUCCAAUCUCCAGGCUACAGGAAAAGAAAAUGUACACAUUUUAAAGAAAGACAGGAACAUCUUUUGCUUUCCUGCAGCGGUGCAGAAUUGCCGCGUGCACCAGUCCAUGUUGAUUCAUGACCACUGUAAUUUAAGGAGGAAGCAACAACCUUUGGCUCAGUGUUGUGUGUGACGUCUUAUCAGUUUGUGUGUUUGUGGUGAGGGUCUGACAGCUCCAGCGAGUGUGAAUUAAAGAUGACCAGUGAGGCGAGUCGGUACUAUAUUUAUUGCCGUAUUUAUUCCUCUGUGCUCAGCACCUCAAAUCUUGCAUUGCAUUGUACUGAGGGCGAGAAGCUGUCAAUAA